GCUUGUAGGGAAUUUGUGUUGCAAGAUUUGUCCUAUACAAUUUAAGAACAAAUUUUUUGCCAAAAAUGGUUUUUGCAAUGAUUAGACCCAGUUGUAUAUUUCUUCGGACUAGCAUAGCAUCUAAAAAUAAUUGCAAAAAAUUGGACCUUUCUAAAAUAUGCUCAGUAAAUUUUUCCAUAAAAGCUGAUAUUCCUCAGCCGGAGGAAGAAGUGUCAAAGUUAUUACCACCUAUAGGAAAUGGAAAGGUGUUUAAAACUGCAGAAGAAGCUAUAUCAGAUAUGCCAGAUGGUGCUAAACUUCUGGUUGGUGGAUUUGGACUUUGUGGCAUUCCCGAAAAUUUAAUUGCAGCAGUGUUGAAACGAGGUUCCAAAGAUUUAACUGUUAUUUCAAAUAAUGCAGGGGUUGAAGACUUUGGAUUAGGCAUACUUUUAAAGGAAUACAGGAUUAAGAGAAUGAUUGCUUCGUAUGUUGGUGAAAAUCCUGAAUUUGAGAAACAAUAUCUUGCUGGUAAAUUAGAAGUUGAAUUAACUCCACAGGGUACAUUGGCAGAACGUAUUCGAGCAGGAGGAGCUGGUAUUGCAGCUUUUUAUACUCCCACAGCAUAUGGAACAAUAAUUCAAGAGGGUAAUGUUAUUGUGAAAUAUGAUGAAAAUGGAAAUGCAGAAAUAUCUGGAGAACCAAGAAAUGUAGCACAAUUCAAUGGCAGAAACUAUGUCUUAGAAACUGCUAUUACGGGAGAUUUUGCACUUGUGAAAGCCUGGAAAGCAGAUAAAGCUGGCAAUUUAAUCUUUAGGAAAUCAGCCAGAAAUUUUAAUCCUGUAAUGUGCAAAGCAGCAAAAAUUACUGUUGCUGAAGUAGAAGAAAUUGUAGAUAUUGGUCAACUCGAUCCUGAUCAUAUUCAUUUACCUGGUAUUUUUGUGCAUAGAAUCAUUAAAGGUCCUACAUAUGAAAAACGAGUAGAGAAAAGAUAUACAAAACAAAAUAUGAAAAAGCCCAAAAAGGUAACACCAGCAGGUAAAGCAAGAGAAAGAAUUAUCAGACGAGCUGCAUUAGAAUUUAAGGAUGGAAUGUUUGCCAAUUUAGGAAUUGGUAUACCUAUGCUGGCAUGUAAUUACAUUCCUAAGAAUAUAAAAGUGACAUUGCAAUCCGAAAAUGGUAUCCUUGGUUUGGGUCCAUUUCCAGAUGAGUCAGAUGUUGAUCCAGAUUUAAUAAAUGCUGGAAAAGAAACAGUCACAGUCCUUCCAGGAGCCUCUUUCUUUAGUAGUGAUGAAAGUUUUGCAAUGAUACGAGGAGGUCAUGUUAAUUUGACGAUGCUUGGUGGUAUGCAAGUAUCGGAAAAUGGUGAUUUGGCUAACUGGAUGAUUCCAGGAAAGGUGGUAAAAGGAAUGGGAGGAGCAAUGGAUUUAGUUUCUUCUGAAAAUACCAAAGUGGUAAUCACUAUGGAACAUAAAGCUACAGAUGGAAGUCCAAAAAUAUUGAAAAAUUGUACUUUACCCCUUACAGGUCAACAAUGCGUUGAUCUAAUAAUUACGGAUAUGGCAGUGUUUGAAGUGCUUAAAGGUGAAGGGUUGAAAUUAAUUGAAAUUGCGCCUAAUAUUGAUAUCAGCGAUAUUGUUGGCUCUACAGGUUGUGAAUUUUCGGUGGCUGAUGAUCUUAAAGAAAUGGAACAAGUAAACUUAGAGGAUUGCCAAUAGAAUACGUCCUAAACUACUUAAAUUAUCAGAAAACAAAAUUAAAAUGUUUGUUUCAUUUAAACUUAAUGGGAAU